AUUAUUAUCAAUUUUUAAUUAACAAAAAGAAAAAUAAAAAAACUAUCUUGUUAAAAUAAGUGAUUGUGUGUUGAUAAAUAACUAAAUAAAAUUAAUGGAUGGUGAGGAGGAUUACAUGCCAAAUAAUAAUGAAACAACAAAUAGAAAAUUUUAUACUAAAAAAUCAUCAACAUCAUCAUCAUCAAAAACACCAAGAGAUAAUUCAAUGGAAGAUAAUUGGGAAAGUGUCUUGAACAAUGACAAAGAUGGUGAUCUUGGUGAUAUGUCAUUUUGUAUUGCAAAUUAUAUGAAAGAUGCUAUGAACAUGAUGUUUAUAAUGCGUAGUCAUCAUAUGUUGACUGAUGUCAUUCUAGAAGUUGGCUCUGAAUUAUUUCAUGCACAUAAAGUUAUUUUAGCAGCAGCAAGUCCAUACUUUAAGGCAAUGUUUACUGGAGGAUUAAAAGAAAGUGAAAUGACUAGAGUUAAAUUACAAGGUGUAUGUCCAACAGCAAUGGCUAAACUCAUGUAUUUUAUGUAUACUGGACAAAUUCGUGUUACUGAAGUUACAGUAUGUUCACUACUUCCAGCAGCAACAAUGUUUCAGGUAAAUAAUGUUAUUGAUGCAUGUUGUGUAUUUCUUGAACGUCAAUUAGAUCCAACAAAUGCAAUUGGAAUUGCAAAUUUUGCUGAACAACAUGGCUGUAAUAAUCUUCAUAGAAAAGCAAAUCAAUUUAUUGUACAACAUUUUAGUCAAAUAUGUCAAGAAGAAGAAUUUUUACAAUUAUCAGCAAUACAAGUUGUAUCAUUAGUUAGAAAAGAUGAGCUUAAUGUACAAGAAGAACGUGAAGUAUAUAAUGCUGUAUUAAAAUGGGUUAAAUAUAAUGAAGAAGCAAGAGGUUCUAAAAUGGAACAUAUGUUACAUGCUGUACGUUGUCAAUAUUUAACACCAAAAUUUUUACGUGAACAAAUGAAAAAUUGUGAUGUAUUAAAAAAAGUACCAGCAUGUAGAGAAUAUUUAGCACAAAUAUUUAAAGAUUUAACAUUACAUAAAAAACCAAUUGUCAAAGAAAGAACACCAAAUACACCAAGAGUUAUAUUUAUUGCUGGUGGUUUUUUAAAACAUUCAUUGGAUAUACUUGAAAGUUAUAAUGUUGAUGAUAAAUUAUGGAUACAACAUUCAAAAUUAGUUGUACCAAGAUCUGGUCUUGGUGGUGCAUUUUUAAAAGGUAUGUUUUAUGUUGUUGGAGGAAGAAAUAAUUCACCAGAUUCAAGAUUAACACCAUAUGAUUCAAGAUAUGAUAGUGAUUGGGUUGAUAGAUAUGAUCCAGUAACAGAUCAAUGGAGAACAUGUAGACCAUUAUUAACACCAAGAAAUCGUGUUGGUGUUGUUGUUAUGGAUAGUUUAUUAUAUGCUGUUGGUGGUUGUAAAGGUACAGAACAUCAUGAUAGUGUUGAAUGUUAUGAUCCUGAUCAAGAUACUUGGAAUUAUAUUAAACCAAUGCAUUUAAGAAGAGUUGGUGUUGGUGUUGCUGUUGUAAAUAGAUUAUUAUAUGCUAUUGGUGGUUUUGAUGGUUAUACUCGUUUAAAUUCAGUUGAAUGUUAUCAUCCAGAAAAUAAUGAAUGGUCAAUUGUAUCACCAAUGGAAAUAUCAAGAUCAGGAGCUGGUGUUGCUAGUCUUGGACAAUAUAUUUAUGUUGUUGGUGGUUAUGAUGGUUAUGGACAAUUAGAUACUGUUGAACGUUAUGAUACUGAACAUGAUAAAUGGGAAAAAGUUGCAUCAAUUUCAGUAUCAAGAAGUGCACUUAGUGUUACAGUUUUAGAUGGAAAAUUAUAUGCAAUGGGAGGAUAUGAUGGAACAACUUUUAUUAGUAUAGUAGAAAUAUAUGAUCCAGUUGUUGAUAAAUGGGAACAAGGUGUACCAAUGACAUCUGGAAGAUCAGGACAUGCUAGUGCUGUUUCUUAUCAUCAUUGUCCAAAUCAUUGUGAUCAUUGGGAUCAUAAUAUUACCACUGAACGUGGUGAAAAUACGUGAUAUA